CCGAUGCCUGCUGAAGGUGUCCACCAAUGGCGAAUCUUGUCCCGGGUGUCCUUCUGAAGCUUCUACAGCACAUGAACACUGAUGUCAAAGUUGCAGGCGAGCACAGGUCUUCUCUAUUGCGAGUUGUGAGCAUUGUUCCAGCACUUGCAGGUGGUGAGCUUUUCCCAACCCAAGGUCUUACCUCAAGGUUUCAGAUUCCUCUCAUGCCGCCUAUGUUUCUCUCUCUGAUGAACAUGACGAUCUCAUUCCUAGAGGAGACUGGGAGUUCUGUUCGCUCGACUAGUCCCGGUUCGAAGAAAGCAGCUGUAAACCCAAUCAAGAAUUUGGUUUAGGGGAUUGAGAUGGGGGCCAAGGUUUUGAGGAAUAGCUGGGAAAGAAAUAUGGAUGUCAAGAGUAAAGAAACAUCGAAAUUGAGGGCCGCCAAACAUGAUCCCAAGCCUGAUCUUCUCGCUUCUACUCCUAGAAAAAGUACAUCAAGUGAGAGGUUACCAUCAAAAGAAGAAAACAAGAUCCAGACAUCUUCAAAGUCAUCAAAAGAGGAGAAUAAGGUUCAGAUAUCUUCAAAGAAAGUUACUGUAGAUGGAACCAUGGAUGAUCAAGACAGGUCCAAUGAACAAAGAAUAUCUGUUGGAAAGAAAUCAUCAGGUGACCUAGUCAAUUCUGGAAACCCUAGAAACUUGGUCAAGGUUCCUUUAAAUAAUAAAAAACUGACAGAGGGAAGUGUUUCAUGGGCUUCACUCCCAUCAUCACUUGCAAAGCUUGGAAAGGUAUGUAUUUUACUUCUUCUUAGAUCCUGACCUGUGUGCUUGGACUCUUCAUUUGGUAUGAAGUAUUAGUGUUAUACUUGUAUUGAGUCCUUAGCAGAAUGCAUAAAUACAGAAAAAAAAGUUUCUGUAUUCCAACAACACUAAGCUAAGAAAGAAUAAAUCAAACCCAUGACAUUCAAUCAUUUAAAAAGAAAAAUUCAACCAGUCCAUAACAUAUUGGUUGCUAAACAUAAAACAUUUAGACUAAAGUUUGGUUGCUGAAUAUAGAGCUUUUAAGUGAUCGUCAAUGAUCAAAGAAUUUGGUCUCAAAAUGUUGCUUCUAGUGAUUAUAAUAUUGGUCACUUAUAAUUAUGAAAUUGAUCAUUAUAUAGUUUUAUGUUACUAAAUUUGGUCAAAAUAUUAUUUUUUAGAGAUAUUCAUAGACCAAAAUGUGGACAUCAAAACAACAAAAUCUGGUUGCUAAAAUUUUUCAGUUUUAACGACCAAAUAUUUGUUGUUAACUAAAAAUAAUUAGUUACAACGUUUUCGCAAUCAGGCAGUGAUUAUGUUUUUAUGGUUGGUAAAAACUUUUAACGAUUAAUAUAUGACUUUCUACAACCAAAACCAAUGGUCUUUUUUUUAGUAGUGUAUAGUGUAGGGUCUAGGCCCUAAGUUAUUUUUAUUUAUUAUCACUAUUUUUAUUAUCUUUUCAUUUAUAUUAAUUGUUGUAUAUUUAUGAGGUGUUGUAAAAUUGUAGAACUGUAAUAAAUCAAAGGUUUGGGUGGUUAAUGAAUUGAGUUUUCUAUGCUAAGUUUAAAUUUGGGGAUAAGUCAGAGCUAUCCCAAGGUUCCGACAUGAAACUCCAAGAGAAGUUGUAACAUAUGGAAAGGUAUUUAUGAUUAAUUAGUUAUAUUUUUACACUGUUGUUAAUGAAUUCCUGUAAUUUGUGAAAAUUUAUAGUAAAAAAGUAAGGAAUAAGGCAGACGUAUAGUAUU